CCCCAGACAAGGCAACUUGGAAGAGCUUGUGCUCUCCCCGCAAGACCCCGGGAUACCAGCCAGCUCUCUGAUACGUCUCGUGCUGUCACCUAUAACUGCCUCUUUUUUUUCAUUUUUCGCCUUCGCCAUCAUACCACCCACUCCCCCCCUCUUUUUGCCUCUGUGCCAAUUUCUGGACGAGCAUCGCAACUGUUUCGACAGUGCAUGCUACCCUUUUUCGUCUCACUUGUCUCACUCUCCUUUUACAGCCCAGGCCUCUGAUUGAUUUUUCGGAGGAAUUCGCAUCGCAUCGCAAUGGCUUCGACUAAUGGCUCUGGAACGCCUCGGCGCGACACGAGGAACCACUUCCUCUUCGAAAUCGCAACCGAAGUUGCAAAUCGAGUCGGAGGUAUCUAUUCCGUGUUAAAAUCCAAGGCGCCUGUUACCACUGCGGAAUAUGGAGAACGUUACACACUCAUUGGUCCUUGGAACCGAGCUUCCGCCGCUGUCGAAGUCGAACCUAUGGAACCGACGAAUCAGGCGAUGAUUGAGACAAUGGCGUCAAUGAAGGAACGAGGCAUUGAAAUCAUCUACGGACGCUGGCUAAUUGAGGGUGCUCCUAGAGUGCUGCUCAUUGACACUGGUACUGGCUAUGGCUAUUUGAACGAGUGGAAGGGCGACCUCUGGAACACUGCCGGCAUCCCCUCGCCUGAAGGCGAUCAUGAGACAAAUGAAGCGAUUGUCUUUGGAUACCUGGUAGCAUGGUUCCUGGGAGAGUAUAUCGCACAUGAGUCGAAACGAGCUGUGGUGGCCCAUUUCCAUGAAUGGUUGGCGGGAGUUGCUCUCCCUCUUACAAAGAAGCGCCAUAUGGAUCUAACAACUAUCUUCACCACCCAUGCUACUCUAUUGGGUCGCUAUCUAUGUGCUGGCUCUGUUGAUUUCUAUAACCAUCUCCAGUACUUCGAUGUUGACGCCGAGGCCGGGAAGCGUGGUAUCUACCAUCGCUAUUGUAUCGAGAGAGCAGCCGCCCAUUCCGCCGACGUUUUCACGACCGUGUCGCACAUUACUGCCUUUGAAAGCGAGCACCUACUCAAGAGGAAGCCGGACGGUGUGCUGCCUAAUGGAUUGAAUGUUAAGAAAUUCUCUGCCAUGCACGAGUUCCAGAAUCUACACUCACAAGCCAAAGAGAAGAUCCAUGACUUCGUCCGUGGACACUUCUACGGACAUAUGGACUUUGAUCUUGAGAAUACGCUCUACUUUUUUACUGCCGGUCGUUAUGAAUAUCGCAACAAGGGUGUGGACAUGUUCGUUGAAUCUCUAGCACGACUGAACCAUCGUCUAAAAACAAGUGGCUCCAAGACCACUGUCGUUGCAUUUAUCAUCAUGCCCGCUCAGACGUCGUCCCUAACAGUCGAGGCAUUGAAGGGUCAAGCCGUAGUCAAAUCAUUGAGAGAUACCCUGGAAAUGGUUGAGAAAGGUAUCGGCCGCCGGCUCUUCGAACGUUGUCUUUCAUGGAAGGAAGGCGAUAACAUGCCAGACGAAAAGGACCUCAUUACCAGUCAAGAUCGAGUCCUCUUGCGUCGCCGUCUGUUUGCCUUGAAGCGUCACACGCUUCCUCCUAUUGUCACCCACAAUAUGGUCAACGACCAUGAAGACCCAAUCUUGAACCAGUUGCGUCGCGUGCAAUUGUUCAAUCAUCCUUCAGACCGAGUCAAAGUUGUUUUCCAUCCCGAGUUCCUCAACUCGGCUAACCCUGUCUUGCCACUGGAUUAUGACGACUUUGUACGAGGUACUCACAUGGGUGUUUUCCCUUCGUACUAUGAACCAUGGGGUUACACUCCGGCUGAAUGUACGGUCAUGGGUGUUCCCAGCAUCACUACAAACUUGUCUGGUUUCGGAUGUUACAUGGAAGAACUCAUCGAGAACUCAUCUGACUAUGGUAUUCACAUUGUGGACCGACGAGCCAAGGGUGUGGACGAAUCUGUCAAUCAGCUCUGCGAUUUCAUGUUUGAGUUUGCAUCCAAGAGCCGACGACAACGUAUCAACCAGCGUAACCGGACGGAGCGAUUGAGUGAUUUACUUGACUGGAAGCGCAUGGGACUUGAAUAUGUCAAGGCACGACAGCUAGCUCUGCGACGAGCUUACCCAACAUCUUUCGAUAGCGAGGAAGAUUUCAGCGACUAUAUUGGAAGCACGGCACAGAAGAUCUCUCGACCACUCUCGGUUCCAGGAUCACCCCGUGACCGAACUGGUAUGAUGACUCCUGGAGACUUUGCAUCGUUGCAAGAGGGGCGAGAGGGCCUCAGCACGGAGGACUAUAUUGCAUGGAAAUUGCCUGAGGAGGAAGAGCCGGACGAGUAUCCAUAUCCCUUGACUCUCAGAGCCAAGAAACCAACUGAUCGUCCUCAAUCACCGCUUGAUUCGAUCUCAUUGAAUGGAAAAUAAUCAUUCAAUGAAGCACCUUCGUCAAUACGAAUAGUUGAUUUCUUCUAUUCUUUUUGGGUCGUCCUUUCAAAGCAUGAGUUUAUACUUUUGCUAUUUCUACAUUUAUUGCUGUGCAUUCUGCUUGCUUGUUUUGUGUUUCAGUGUACAGCUAUCAGUGAUUUAUUAUCUUUCAUUUUCAUUUUCUACGUGUAUAAUUUCGAGAUUAAGGAUGCAUCCAUUGUCAACAUAGUCUGAGCGAUUCAACAAUUGCAUUGUUCGAUUCUGAGAGAU